GGCCAUAUUGUUUGCUCGAGCCGUUGACAGUAUGUUAAAGCCUGUCGCGUAUCAAUCGGAUAAAUUUAAUUGCUACGGAUCACCGUGACCUUUUGGCAAACAGUGAACGUUCGAUUCAAUUAAUUGUCAUGGUUCGGUACAAUUGACGCAACUCUUCGAGGAGUGAAUUAUAACAAGGACAUUUCGUCGUUAUCGAUGAUACUGUCGCACUGUGUCGACGCAAAACUUUAUAUCUAAGGGACACGAGGGAAGACGGGCAAUCUGUAAGACAGCAACUUUGUCCUGGGCAAUGCGCAGGUUCCGUCGAACUAUCCGAUCGUCUAUUGUUCCGAUGGAUUCUGCGAGUUGACCGGUUUCGCGCGUGCGCAGAUAAUGCAACGAGGAUGCGCCUGCAAGUUCCUCUAUGGACCGGAAACGAAGGAGGAGGAGAGGGUGAUGAUAGACAAGAGUCUCGAGAGCAAAACAGAACUCAAGAUGGAGGUUGUGUUUUACAAGAAGAGCGGAACUCCGUUCAACUGUCUGCUGGAUAUAGUUCCCAUAAAAAACGAAAAAGGUGACGUCGUCCUCUUCCUGGCAUCUCACAAGGAUAUAACGCACACCAAGGACCGGCAGCUAUGUGAAUUGUAUGACAGCGACGCUAACGGUAAUCUCGAUCCUGAAGCACCUCCGGCUAACUAUGGCAGGAGAAGAAGCCGCGCUGUUCUCUAUCAACUAUCGGGCCACUACAAACAAUACAAUAAGCACAAGCUCAAGAUCAACAAUACGCUUCUUCAUUCCACGGCAGCUCCAUUACCCGAGUACAAGACCUCAGCUAUCAAGAAAUCCCAGUUUAUUCUUAGCCAUUACGGUGGCUUUAAAUCCUGCUGGGAUUGGCUGAUACUGAUAGCAACUUUCUACGUAGCCGUAGUUGUACCCUACAAUGCCAGUUUUGUCAACACCGACAGACCCACCAUGGUCAGCGACGUCGUCGUCGAGGCCCUCUUCAUCGUAGAUAUAAUUCUUAACUUCAGGACGACCUAUGUGAGCAGGAAGGGUGAGGUCGUCAGCAAUGGAAAGAGUAUUGCUUUGAAUUAUCUGAAAAGCUGGUUCCUCGUGGAUCUUGUUGCUGCGCUUCCCUUUGACGUGCUCUACGCCUCGGACGUUUACAGCGGAGAGGAAUCUGGACACAGUCACAUUCAUUUAGUGAAACUCACGAGGCUGCUGAGAUUGGCAAGAUUGCUGCAGAAGAUGGACAGGUACUCCCAGUACAGUGCGAUGAUCCUGACAUUGCUGAUGCUGUCGUUCACUCUGGUUGCUCAUUGGCUCGCGUGCAUCUGGUACGUCAUUGCUGAGAAGGAGAGACUGCGCAACGAUAAAGACUGGGAUCUCGGCUGGAUUCAUACUCUGGCUGACAGACUGAAGAUUUCCGUGCAGAACGUGACGCACUCUGAGAGUUACAUCACUGCACUUUACUUCACCUGUAGUAGUCUGACCUCAGUAGGUUUUGGCAACGUGUCAGCCAAUACAUCUUCGGAGAAGAUAUUUUCCAUAUGCACUAUGCUAAUCGGUGCGCUGAUGCACGCUGUGGUAUUUGGUAACGUGACCGCCAUUAUUCAGAGAAUGUACUCGAGAAGAUCACUUUAUCAGACAAAGUGGCGAGAUCUCAAGGACUUCCUAGCACUUCACCAGAUACCUGACGAGCUCAAGCAAAGGAUGCAGGACUAUUUCCAAACUAUGUGGUCGCUCAAUCAUGGCAUUGACAUACACGAGGUAAGGGAGACGCUGAAGGAGUUUCCGGAAGAGCUUCGAGGCGACGUCUCAAUGCAUUUGCAUCGUGAAAUCCUGAGUUUACCGAUAUUCGAAGCAGCCUCACAGGGUUGCCUCAAGCUGCUCUCGCUUCAUAUUCGAAGCAACUUCUGCGCCCCUGGCGAAUUUCUCAUUCAUAAAGGGGAUGCUCUAUCCUACAUUUACUAUCUGUGCAAUGGUUCGAUGGAGGUCGUGCAAAACAGCAUGGUGGUAGCCAUUUUAGGGAAGGGAGAUUUGGUGGGUUGCGACAUAAACGUACACUUACAACAUGGUAAUAAUGGUGGUGGUACCGGUGGUGGUGGUUCUGGAACUGCUGAUGUUGUAGUAAAAUCCAGCUGCGACGUUAAGGCACUGACUUAUUGUGACCUCAAAUGUAUCAAUAUGCAAGGCCUGGUGGAUGUUCUCAGACUUUAUCCUGAGUAUCAGCAUCAAUUUGCUCAUGACAUAAAGCACGAUCUUACCUACAAUUUAAGGGAGGGUUACAUUGCUGGCCAAGAGUCUGAUAUGAAUGGUGCGCAUUCUUUGACCUUGCCUUCUAUCAGUGAGGAUGAUGAAAAUCUUCCUGAGGAAGGUGAAACUUCACCCCUUUCACCACCAAAUAGAUCACCCUUGCACAUAGCGACGAGUCCACGUCAUGCAAAGUUCAGGGACGAGUACAGAGAGGGUAGACGUGGAGUGAGGGGUGCAAUAAUAAGAGGAAGAGCUGCUCAAGUUCUCGCUCAAGAGUCUGCCGAGGAUCAUAUUAGAGGAUCCGUAGAGAGAUUGGAUACUCAAGUGACAAAUUUGCACCAAGACGUAGCUACUUUGAGUUAUGAGGUCAGAAACGCUAUUCAGACACUGCAGCUGCUAGCCAGUUCUCCCCAGAGCAAUCCAAACCUUCCAACUCCAACUGGCAGGGGAAGUGGUGUUUUGGCUAGAAGUUCCUCACAUCCGCCAGAUGCUCUUUGCUGGGACCCACCAGCUAGAUUGGCACAUGCUUCGACGCAAACUGAUUGGCCAAUCGAUCUCUUGGAACUCUGGGUUCGCACCGAUCCUCACAGAGUUCUCAGGCUCUUGGGAUUAGAUCCAGAAAUUGUUCUAAAAUCGUCGAUUCCGUCGCCUACGCCUUCUCCGUCUUCACCUCCUCCACCACCCUACGAACCCUUGUCUUCUUUAGCGGGUUCGCCGAUGCAAUCGCCGCCACAGUCACCAGUUUCAGGAAACAAUAAUUGUACCUUCAACAACAAUCAGGAGGAACAAGCAGUAUCGAGAGUUUGUCGAGUGUCGACGACGUGCUGGGAUUCACCAAAUAAAUUAUCACACAGAUUCAGUGCUGGCGAUGCUGACAAUUCAUCCUCGCUUCAUCAGGCAUUUAACGCCCUUCAUCGGCUGCCAGAGUCACGAUCAUUAAAGUUCGACAUCUUUGACAGCUGAGCGAAGCACCGCAAUGUCUCGUUAUCCAUGGAAGACUUGAAAAGUAUGAAUAGUGAAGAGCGAAGCAUAAUGAAAUAAGUGUGAAACUUGAUAAAUGAAAAAUGAAGAAUGAAGAUUUGUUGCCUUGUGCAUCGCGUAGGCGCCUAAGUAUUUAUAUAGCUAUUGGAGGAAGUUUUCGCGGAAAAAAACUCACAAAUAACUAGUGAUCUACUAGGUGGGAAUGGUCUUUCGAGAGCUUAUAUUUUUCCAUAGCUAAGUCUCAUCUUUCUCCACGAAACUCUUCCCUUGGUACUUAUACCCUUUUUACUAUUGUCACUGCCGAACUCUCUGGUCUUCUAAUUUGAUCUUGAAAAUAAGGGUGGGGUUUUCUCAAGGUUUCGUAUAUUUAUGUCCACGUCAUAUCAUAAUCGUUACGAUUGGCAUUUAUAUUUACGAACAAUGGCUCAAGUAUUACAUGAUUUUGUUUCUUCUUCGUUUCAAGGAGGCAAGGAGGAACAAAUCAGCUACGAAAAUAACUGCGUCUGUAUCCAUUGACGUAACUUAUAGAAAUCAAUUUUAUUCUAGUCUGAUUUUAAGAUGGCAUAUCAUGCACGCGUCAUAUCGUAUCAUACUUUCUACGACGGUAGUGCCUCGAAAUUAAUUGCGUUAAUUAUCCGGAGCUGGUAUACAUAAAAAUAUUACGUAAAAUGCAAUCACGUUCUACAUAACCAUAGGAAAAUAUAUUUAAUAGACGUGACGUUGCUCCAGUCAAUAAAACAAAAAAAAUUCGAUACAUUCUCUUGAAAUCUUGCAAUUUUUUAAGUGAAUAUGAAUUGAUUGAUGUAAUAGGUGGUGAAAUAGCAUAGUGAACUUUAUUUGGGAAUUAAUUGCACGGUUCAAUUUAAGUAAUUGUUACUUUAUCGACACAUUGUACAUAAUUGUUUCCUAUUAGAAUGAAAUUGACGUAUCAUUCCAUUUUUUGUACAGUUCCCUAAUGUCGGUUAAGCGUUUCCGGUCGAGUUAUUAUUUUAAAAUUUAACAGAGAAACAUGUUAUAUGCAUACAUAUAUAUAUAUACAUACAAACAAAUAUAUAUUAUAUAUUUGAAGGUAUUCGCAAUUCAAGUUAAUAAAGUCUCGUUAACUGGAAAAUUUUAGUAUAGCAAUAAUGUGCACAUUUUAAUGUACGAUAACGACGUCCACUUUAGCUUCUAGUCAGUGAUCAUCAAUUAGCGAAAAACUUGACAUUUUCCAGCUGUAGAUAAGUUAUGCGUAGAACGUUCAGAAACGAAUUGAAGGGAGACAAAGAAAGAGAUAUAUUAAUAUAAAAACAUAUAUUUCAUUGAGUCGUAGAUAGGAGAAGCUCACAAAUUCAAAAAUAGGAGCGAAUACAUUUACCAGGAGACACGAUCGCGAGUUAUUGCAAAAAGUAUGUGCGUGUUUGUGAAUAUGUUAACGUACGCAUCGUACAUACAUAUCUUCUAUAAAAUUUUAGAACUUCUAUUUUUAUACAAUUAAUAUUCUAAAGUGAAAAGUUUUCUGAAAUUUUGCGAUAUUUAACUGGUGGCACGAAUUUUCUCUUUAAAUUUGGAAGGGCGACACUAUUAAAUCGAAUGUGAUAAAUAUCUACAAAUCUCACUACCUCAUCUUCAUUCGGAAUUUCACUAUAUUUUUUUUUCUUAUCUAUUUCAACUCGAUAGGUUUUAACGACUUGACCAAGAAAUGUUGAAUGCAGAUCAACGUACUCGCGUGACAUACACAUUUCUUUUGCAAUGGCGGAUACAUGUAAUAAAAGGAAACGCGUUUUCCGCGCGAUCGUAUCCAAACAUGAAUCAUAUUAUACGGAAUAUGGAAGUGUAUUUAAUUUUAAGUAAUCAAAGCUAAGUGCUACUGGGUGUUUGUAAAUAAUAAAUAAUAUUGAAAAUGUGUGAUAAGGCACGGCUUGGGCCAUGCACGGUUAUAUUCGUUCGACUUUCUCUGACGUGAAUCGUGAAAGUCGAGUAUCGUAAGCAGCGUACAAGGAAAAAUGGACACAGAGAUUAUAAAGAAUAAAAAAUAAGACUAGAUCAAGAGAGGCUAUAGAGAAUGAUUUAAUCUUGCGUUAACGAGGUGUAUACCGCAUAAAUAUAUACAGAGUUAUUCAGUAGAAACGCACCACGUGAAGUUAUCGCACCCAUUUGAACCUUAUGGUAAAACUAUGUUUAAGUGGUGCGUUUGGGCUGAAUAACCGGGUAUAUACGUAUAUUAUACAUAUACCGGAUUCUCGAAAUUUUCACGAGUCAUGGUGGAUAGCCAUUUUAUAAAUAUUUCAUAUAUUUUGUUAUACUAUUUCUAUGCUCUCUACGUUAUAAUUGAAAGGUAAUUAUACAUAUGUAUAAAUGUAUUACAGUAUCGAUCCGCCUUUAAACCUUUUCCACUUAUUCAAUAUGGCGGCGCAUUAGAAUAUAUGUAUUAUAGUUCUAUAUAUAAGACCCUCUGAUGUUCGUAAAGCUUUAUCUUCCAGAAGAUUGAGCGAAAAAAUUUGAAUAAUUAUAAAGAAUUGUCAAUAAUUCGGAAGGAAUUCGAUGAUCACAUAAUGAUUGGGUUCGUUUACUGAUAAGGUCUUUGAAACUGUCCAACCACGAAAUACAAUCAUCGCGACAUACUUUCAUAGAUGUAGAUAUCCUUGUAUUACACCAGAGUACAUGAUCUACAUAGAAAUUUGGAAUUAAUAAAUUCCCUUGGACAUGAAA